CAUCCAAACCCAUCUUCACAUCCACAAACCCCAUUUCCCCAUUUCCCCAUUUCUCAAUCUCCCUCUCCACCCACUUUCACUCCCAUUUUCUUUCAAUUUCUCUCUCUGAACCACCCCCAAUCAUCGGCUUCACCAAUGGCAUCCGCAGCUGCUUCACCCUCUUCACUAUCUCUCCUCCACUCCACCUCCGCCACUCGCUCCUCCCCCCGCCUCCCUUCGGCUUCCCUCCGCCUCCCCACCCUCCCUCUCCGCCGUCUGGGCUUCGCCGGCGCCGCUGCUGACUCGCUUCUGACCCUCCAUGUGGCGUCCAGAACCAGGUCUUUUAGAGGGAAGGCUUCCAGGGGGGUGGUGUCAAUGGCCAAGAAGAGCGUGGGUGACCUCACGGGGGCGGAUUUGAAGGGGAAGAAGGUGUUUGUGAGGGUGGAUUUGAAUGUGCCUCUUGAUGACAACCAGAAGAUUACUGAUGAUACCAGGGUUCGAGCUGCCAUUCCCACUAUCAAGUAUUUGAUCGACAAUGGUGCUAAAGUCAUUCUUUCUAGCCAUUUGGGAAGACCAAAGGGAGUAACUCCAAAAUUCAGCUUGGCGCCUCUUGUGCCAAGGUUAUCUGCGCUUCUUGGCAUUCAGAUUGUGAAGGCUGAUGACUGUAUUGGCCCAGAGGUAGAAAAGUUAGUGGCUGCACUUCCUGAUGGUGGUGUACUCCUUCUCGAGAAUGUGAGGUUUUACAAGGAGGAAGAAAAGAAUGAACCCGAAUUUGCAAAGAAGCUUGCCUCCAUAGCUGAUCUCUAUGUGAAUGAUGCAUUCGGUACUGCACAUAGAGCCCAUGCCUCAACUGAGGGGGUCACUAAGUUCUUGAAGCCAUCUGUUGCUGGUUUCCUUUUACAGAAGGAACUGGACUAUCUCGUUGGGGCAGUUUCAAGCCCAAAGAGGCCAUUUGCUGCCAUUGUGGGUGGUUCAAAGGUCUCAUCCAAGAUCGGAGUCAUUGAAUCUCUCCUCGAAAAGUGUGAUAUCCUACUUCUAGGUGGAGGAAUGAUCUUCACAUUUUACAAGGCACAGGGUCUCUCAGUGGGUUCAUCCCUGGUAGAGGAAGAUAAGCUAAGCCUUGCUACAUCACUUCUUGAGAAGGCCAAGGCAAAAGGAGUAUCUCUCCUGCUACCCACCGAUGUUGUGAUUGCUGACAAGUUUGCCCCUGAUGCAAACAGCAAGAUUGUGCCAGCAUCAGCCAUUCCUGAUGGAUGGAUGGGAUUGGAUAUUGGACCUGAUUCUAUUAAGAUAUUCAAUGAAGCUUUGGAGACCACCAAAACAGUUAUCUGGAACGGACCGAUGGGAGUGUUUGAGUUUGAUAAGUUUGCAGAAGGAACAGUGGCCGUUGCAAAGAAGCUAGCGGAGCUGAGUAAGAAGGAUGUGACAACAAUCAUUGGAGGUGGAGAUUCUGUUGCAGCUGUGGAGAAAGUAGGAGUCGCUGAUGUGAUGAGCCACAUAUCAACGGGUGGAGGUGCCAGUUUGGAGUUGUUGGAAGGGAAAGAACUCCCUGGUGUUGUUGCCCUUGAUGAAGCUACUCCAGUUCCAGUGUAAGACCAAUUGAUCUGAUUUUUUUCCCCAUCUCCCAUCUUGAUGCCCAAUAUUCGGGUUUGUAAACGAGAAAUAAAAAUGUUUUAGGAAGAUAUGAGUUAAUGUUGUAGAUUUUCACCAUUGUCUUGAAUAUAAGUUCAAAAUUCAAGCUUUGCAUUCUCCAGUUCUUGCUGAAAUUACCUGGAAAAAGUUGUAAGGAACUUGUAAGGGAUAAGAAGAACCCUCCAAACUUUUCCAGAAAUCGAUUUUCUUUUUCCCUCCCCUCCA